GGUUCUUCACAAGACACACUCAUUUGACCCUGAAGACCCAAUUCAUUCGAAAGCAAAGGAUUUUAGAUUCUCUGCAAAGGAAAGAUGAGUAAGCCCCAAAACCCCGAUCUUCCCCAGAAGCAGAACCUUCCUUCUUCUUCUUCGUCGUCGUCGUCUCUCAAUAAGAUACCUAGCGAGGCCAACGGGAGUUUCUCAGGGCAAAAAAUCCGCUACCCGAACCUUCCGGACCCGGCGAAUCCUGACCCGGCGACGCUCCGGGAGCAUUGGAGGUUCGCCAUCCGGCAGUACAGCCGUUGGUACUCCCAAGCCUGGGGCACCGCCAUUCUCGCCGGUCUCUCCUUCUUCGCCCUCGGCUGGAUCAUCAAGGGCUCCAAUCCUCUUCCCUCUUUUCGCGGCGACAAUCCACCUUCUUCUUCUUCUUCUUCUGGUUCCAAUUCCUCCGAUGAAGCCAAACGAUGACAAUUUUCCCUUACUCGCAUUGCCACGGCUUAUGUGAGGAGAUUGAAGAUGGGGAUAGAUAGGCCGCCAUCGGUGAAGAAGAAGAAGAAGAAGAAGAAGACGACGAAGAAGAUACGCCGUUGAAUCAACAAGUCUCUCGCCUGAACAAAAUCCAGCUGCUUUUUGGUUUUACUACGUGUUUAUGUUAUUAUAAAAGCUUAUACAUAGUUUGUUUGUAUAUGCGUGAGUUACCUUGGAAAAUGUUCUGAAUGUAUUUGUUAUAAAAUCUUCUUCUUUGCUUGAAGAAAGUGGUGAUUUGACCACAACUGUAAAUCACCCAUCCUAUACAAUUUUGGUUA